UUGGUCUUUGCCAUUGCUUCUCCUUCCCUCUCCGAUAUUCUUUCCUUUUUUUUUUUCUUCUCUGCGAUAGAUAACGUCUUCUUUCCAGGAAAAAAUAUUUCUAUCUUUGAUCUAGAAACUCAAAAACAUAAAAAGAAUCAGAGUUUAAUUGUGAAUAUAGAAGAAAAUCAUUCUUUUUUAAUUUUCUUCUAAUCUGACCUGCAAUUAAAGUUAAACAAAUUAAACUUAUCAAUAUCAGAAUUCAAUUACAAAAUAUUAAGAAAACAAAAAAAAAAUAUGGAGAACAUCGACGUUAUCUCACCGGAGAACGCCUCAGGACCACCAUCGCCACCACCUCCUCCUCCUCCAGUAAAGUCAAACUCCGGUUCGAAGAAGUCAACGGUACAAAAAUGCGAUAGAUUUGCUUCUAAAGCUACAAGAGAUGCAUGGGAUCGUAUGUUCGACGAAGCUCAUGGAGCUGAUGUUUUGAUCCAUACGGAUGAUAGUGGCUUGAUCUACGCGCAUUCUAACGUCAUCGGAAUGGCUUCUGAUGUAAUUAGAGGAAUGAUAAAGCAAGAUAAGAGAAACUCUCGCCGUAAAUCAAUCUCAAUCCUCGGCGUUCCUCACGACGCUGUUCGCGUUUUCGUUAGAUUCUUAUACUCUUCUUGCUACGAGAAACAAGACAUGGAAGAUUUCGCAAUGCAUCUUCUCGUGCUAUCACACGUCUACGUGGUUCCGCAACUAAAACGAGUGUGCGAGUCUCAUUUCGAAAACACUUUGCUCAACAAAGAGAAUGUGAUUGAUGUGUUUCAGCUAGCUCUUCUCUGUGACGCUCCUCGUCUAGGUCUUCUCUGUCACAGAAUGAUUCUAAAGAGCUUUGAAGAAGUCUCUAAUUCUCAAGGAUGGAUAGCGAUGAAACAAAGUCACCCUAGUCUUCAUAAAGAGCUCUUACGCUCUGUCUCUUACGAACUUAACAGCUUGAAGCAAAGAAGCAGGAAACAGAAAGAGAUACAGACAUACACUCAGCUGUAUGAUGCAAUGGAAGCUUUUGUCCACAUAUGUAGAGAUGGAUGCAGAGAGAUUGGUCCAACAAAGAUCGAAACCCCGCAUGUCUCUUGUGGGUUUCAAGCGUGCAACGGUUUGGAGAUGUUGUUGAAACAUUUGGCGGUAUGUAAACUGAGAUCAAUCCCUGGUGGUUGCAGCCGUUGUAAGAGAAUGUGGCAGCUUCUUGAGCUUCAUUCACGUAUUUGUGUAGACUCGGAGCAAUGUAAAGUCCCUCUUUGCAGUAGCUUCAAAGAGAGGAUGAAGAAACAAAACAGGAAAGAUGAGAAGAGAUGGAAACUGUUGGUGAAGAAUGUUUUGAGCACCAAAAGAAUAGGAGGAUCUCCUUUCUUUUUGCAGGCAAUUGAUGUUACUAUGUGACAUUAUUAUUUUAUUUCAUAAUAGUUAGAGAUUAGAUGUGUAAUAUAAAUAGGUAGAAGUUUUUUUUUUUUGUGAAGAGAGAGAUAGAGAAAUUCAAACAAUUUUCACUCUCUAGUUACAUCACAAACCUCGUUUAAAAGAGUGUGUUUGAUCAUAAUACCAUGAGUGUUAUGGAAUUCUUGUGACAUGGUAAUAAUAAUAAGAAGAUUAUCAUU